AUGGACAAGCUCAUCAACGCCGCCAAGGAUUACCUUGAUGACGACAAGGAUAAGCGCCAAGACCAGUCUCAACAGGGUCACGGACAGCAGCAAGGCUACGGCGGAGGUCAACAACAGGGUUAUGGUCAGCAGCAAGGCUACGGACAGGAGAGCGGCUAUGGACAACAACAGGGAGGCCAAUAUGGCCAGCAGCAGCAGCAGCAGCACCCUCCUGCUGGCGGCAUCCAAGCCCAAGGUGGUGGCGGAUUCGGAGGCUUUCUCGGCGGAGACGUCGACUUUGACAACGCCAAAGAAGAGGCACACCAAAAGGCCGGAUCAUCUGGCGACAAGGACCUCUUUGGUAGUAUUCUAGAUGCCAUCAAGCAGCACAAGAACACCUACGAUAACGACGAGCCCCAGCAGGACAGCAAGAGCCUUGGUACGGCCGCUGCUAUGCAAGCCCUCAAGAUGUACACACAAGGCUCAAGCCAGAGCAGCGCUGGCGGCAACAGCCAGACUGCAUUCCUAGGUCUUGCUUUGGCCGAGGCUAGCAAGCUCUUUGACAACAAGGCUGCAAACGGCAAGGUAGCGGAUGGAACCAGCAAAGAGGGUGUUAUCCAGCAGGCUGGUGAGGUCGCUCUGAAGAUGUACUUCAAGCAACAGGCAGGUGCUGGUGGACAGGGUGGUGGCGCUGGAGGGCUCAUGAGCCUUGCUUCCAAGUUCCUGUCCAAGUAA